AGAUGGAAACAGGCCAUCUCUAGUCCAGAGCGCAGUGCAACAAAUAAUAAAUAAAUAAAUACCACAGCACAAAGCAUUAAACGAAUAAAUUGCACCCCGCGGCGCGUCAACCGAAAUCUCGAGUUAUCAUCGCCGUUGGCUGUUUGGCCGCUCGGCUGCCAGUGAGUCCGCCGUAUCAGUCGCUGGCUGGAGCGCUGGAAGCACGGAAGCCACACAAAUAGAAACGCAUUAAGAGCGCCCCGUAGCACUCCGACCGCUGCUGCGGCCGCUCGCGUCCGAGCGGGGCAACGUCUACGGCCUGAGAUGUCCUACUUCAUGCACGCGGCCAGCAGCGACCUGGUCAACCUCAAUGUGGGUGGUCAACGCUUCUCCACGUCGCGGCAAACGCUUACGUGGAUACCGGACACCUUCUUCACCGCCCUGCUCAGCGGUCGCAUCUCGAGCUUGAGGGACGAGCACAACGCCAUCUUCAUAGACCGUGACCCGACCCUCUUCUCGAUCAUUCUCAACUACCUAAGGACCAAGGAUAUCGACAUCAAGAACUGUGAAAUCCGCGCCCUGCGCCACGAAGCCGAGUACUAUGGGAUCACGCCGUUGACCAAGCGCCUGGCCCUCUGCGAGGACCUCAAUCACUCGUCCUGCGGAGAUGUCCUCUUCUAUGGUUUCCUGGCAGCCCCUGCAAUGCCCUCCAACGAGGCUGUACCAGCUGCGGCCGCUGACGAGACACUGGCCUCUACUUCGGGCAGUGCGGUGAGCGGUCGCCCUGGCUCAAUGGUGCGGGUUCCGGAGACUUCCUCGCGCUCCUCGCACUCGCGGAACUCUUCGUGGGAUCUGCGCCUGGGUCGCACAGGCAGCAGCGGGAACAGCUCGAAUCCACCAGCCCCCAUGCUGCACUCGCGUAAUCCCUCCAUGGAUUUCAUGCGUCACUCGCGCAACUCCUCGGCAGACCUGAACAAGGCCUUCAGAAACGAGGUGGGCAUGGUAUUUAGUCCCACGCAGAGCUCGCACUGGGUGGAUCCCAUGCGGGUGCAGAUCAUCAAGGCCCAUCAGAACUGGAUAGCCGUGGCCUAUGCGCACUUUGUGACCUGCUACCGCGUGAAGGACUCCAACGGUUGGCAGCAGGUGUUCACAUCGCCGCACAUCGAUGCCACCAUCGAGAGGAUUGCCAUCAACUCGAAGGUAAAUACAUCCACGGCAGAGCCGGUGCCCAGCAAGAUGGUGGCCAUCUCGUACGGCAGCCAGAUCAGGUUGUGGAGCAUCCAGGACGGCGGCCAGAAAACAGACAUCGGCACCUUCAACCUAAACGUGCGGGUGGAGUAUUUGUUCUUUAUCGGCAGCCAGCUGGUGGCCCUGUCCUCGUCCGGCAAGAUCGGAGUGUGGCAUGCGAUGACCCAGCACUGGCAGAUACAGGACCUGGUGCCAGUGCUUUCGUUCGACUCGGCGGGCUCCUUCCUGCUGCUGGGCUGCAACAACGGGUCCAUCUACUACAUAGACAUGCAGAAGUUCCCGCUGCGGAUGAAGGACAACGAUUUGCUGGUUACCGAGCUCUACAAGGACAUCACCCUGGACCCCAUCACGGCGAUCUCUGUGUACCUCACCCCCAAGACAUCCAGCAUCAGUGGCAACUGGAUCGAGAUUGCCUAUGGCACAAAGUCCGGAGCGGUGCGCAUCAUUGUUCAGCAUCCGGAGACAGCUGGCCAUGGGCCGCAUCUGUUCGAGACCUUCUUCGUUCACCAGAGCCCCGUGACCAAGGUGAUGCUGUCGGAGAAGUACCUGGUCUCUGUGUGCAGCGAAUAUCACCAUGUCCGCACCUGGAGCCUGACCCGCUUUCGUGGAAUGCUCUCCACCCAGCCGGGCUCCACGCCGGAGGCCUCCUUUAAGAUCGUCUCCCUGGAGGCCACCGACACCAGCUACAGCUAUGCGGCUGGCAAUGAUUUCGGGCCCUACGGCGACUACGACGACAUGAUCUUCGUGCAAAAGGUGGUGCCCGAGACGGAUCAGCUGUACGUGCGGCUGGCCUCCAACGGGGAUCGUGUGUGCGUCAUCCGGUCCGUGGAUAGCUCCACCAUAUCGGCUUUUUGUGUGCACGAGUGCGAAGUAUCGUCGCGCAUGGGAUCCCGGUUCAUACUCACUGGUCACUGCAACGGCGCCAUCCAAAUGUGGGAUCUGACCACCGCCCUGGCGCUGCUCUCCAAGGACGAGCCGCAGCAGAAAACCAAUGGCGGACCCGACACCAAUGAGCUUCUCCGCCUACUUGACCAGUGUGAAAUCAGCAAUUCAUCGUUUACAUUUCACAGGUGUAGCCUGAUCUUCGACUAUCAGUUUAUAUUCCUGCAGUUCGUGGUGUGCGCCCUCCUCUACGUCUGGAUGUCGCGCCUCACCCAGGGACUGCCAGCAGGCCAGCAGGCAUUUACCCACUCCAGAUAAUCUCCCUCUUAUGUGCUCGAUGUGGUUGCAAGUGCAAUGUAUGUAUCCAAUGUAUAUCAUCCCCCUUUGUGUUUUUGUGGAGUGAACUAUCGGACUAUUGGAUCCCACAGUUGGUCAUUUCUGAAGCAAGCAAUCCCCCUUGUUCUAUGUAGUUAAAGUUAUGGAAAAUUAGUUAAAAAAAUAAUGUAUGUAUGUAAACCAGAGUAUAAGACUUUUGCAAGCGAUCUAUAGCACAGGUCGAUAAAAUUUGAAAAAAACGCAGAUUCAAGAACCGAAAUAUACUUUUCCGAUAGAGCUAAAACUGAAAUCCGGUCAAAGAAUUCCCUAUGCGUCAGGGUUUAUCAGAUAUUCCAUCUUAAAAGUGCAACAAUUACUGGUUUUGGGUACUUUUGAGGUGCUGUAAAUUCAAUACUAUUUAUUUUGUUGUUUUAUCAUAAAGAACUGUUCUUUCACUUCAAAAUGCGUUUUUGAAAUUUUGAAAAAUAUGCCGAUUGUUUAGAUAAAACAAAAUGUAUUAAAGUUACAGCACCUUAAAAGUACCAAAAAACCAAAAAUUUUCUGCCCAAAGAUAUUUUCUGAGACCUCAUCAAAAACUAUCGGAAAAGCUGAUUCCAAUUCUUGGUUCUAAAAAGAUGUCGACUUGUGUAUUUAGCACAACUCGAACGAGGUUACUUCCACUGGGACAAAAUCGAUGAACUAAUGGUUUAAUUUUCGUGUUCUCGGCGAACAAAGGAAAUAACUGUCCAAAAAUAAGUUCUUUGUUCGCCCAGCCCCAGUCGACGUGCAUUUCAAAGAAUAUUUCUCGUGAUUUAGUAUUGAUCGAUUGAGAGAGAUUGGCUGGCAUAUCUCUGCACUUGAUUUGUACUCGAAUUUGUCCCGGUGAAGCAGACCUAGCGCAACAAUAAUCCGCCGGCAUAGCGACACGAGUCCGUCGACAUAGGCUCUUCUCCCCAGAAACUUCAAUUGAGAUUAUUUGGCAAAAUCCCUUAAUCUAUUAAAGCGAAUUUAUGUCGACGGACUCAAGCCGCUUUGCUGCUACCAGUAAACCACUAUACAUAUGUACGCAAUAUGCAAUAUAAAUAAACCUAAUUAUAUACAUCAGA